AUGAACUCAACAAAUCCAGCAACAGUUCUGGGUUUCGGUAUGUGGGAACAAAUAGUUGACAGGUUUUUGUAUUGUGCAAACUCUUCAAAGGAAACAGGAGGAAGUAAAACGAUUACAGGUGAAAAUUUACCUGCACACAGUCACUACAUAGAUUUAAGUACAUCUCAAGCGGGUUGGCAUAAGCAUAGAUAUUGGGAUUGGUCAGCAAUGACAAAAGGUAAAGGAUAUGAUGUUAAAGACAACGUUAAGUUUGCUAUAGAUUGUUACUGGAGUAACACUGAGGGAGGAGGAAACCAUACACAUCGCGUUUCAGGAUAUACACAAACAACGGGACAAAGUAAAGAUUACAUGCCGCCAUUUAUGACAGUUUACGCAUGGUAUAGAGUUCAAUGA